GGCUGACACCGUUCUCACGCUGCCGUCAGUUUUUCCCACGUGGUGUUGUGCGAGGCGGCCGCUAGAGCGCAGCACCACUCACCAGUCCGCUGCCGCGCUAGUCCCAACCACGGAGCAGCGACUCAGUCCCUCCCUCGCCCCUGACGUGAGUGCCGCUGACCCGCACGCUUCGCUGAGGUCACAUGUGCCGCGUCUGAGCCCAAGGGAUCCCGCGCGUCAUCCAGCCCGACUUAACCAUGAAGGUGGAACGCGCCAGCUCCGUGUGCUCUGAGGACGCACCGUCUUCGCCGGACUCCAUCAUGUCAACAGGAGAGUCCCCUUCGCUUGAAUCACCUCAGCCUUCUCCGGGUCCGCUUACUGAUCCCUAUGACGACCAGCGGAUGUAUUCUCCUGCGUACACUGCGCCCAGCCCUGCCUACAGCACCUCCAGUAGUGGCAGCGGCAGCAGUGAAGCCGGCAGCACCGGAGACGCCUCUCCCGUCAGUAGCCCGGGCUACCAGCGCUCCUCCUCGCCAGACUUUGGGUUUCAGUUUCCCCCUGACUCCGGAUACCCUGGGGUGGAGCAGUUCGGGUGCCAGGCAGAGUUCGUGCGAGCUGUGCAAGAAGGCGACCCCCGCGAGCUGAAGCGCAUCCUGACACGGUAUUCGCAGCUUGUGCAGAUCAAUGGUUUUACUGCUGAUGGCCAGACGGCGCUGACGCAGUCCUGUCUGGACGGCAACCUGGAGGUGGUGAAGAUGCUGGUGGCACAUGGUGCGUCGCUACACCUCACCAAUAGGGACGGUUUUUCACCUCUUCACCUUGCCUGUUGGCGCGGUAAAUACGACGUGAUGCAGUAUUUGCUGCGUUACGCUUCCAGCAGACGGUAGUUGUUGUGAUACCGCUCCAGCCCAGCAACUUGUGCCAUGCGUGUGUGUCGUGCAGCGCCGCGCGGCCCGCCCGCCCCGUGCAAUACUGAAUAGCGGUGGUCCAGCACGACGGCCGUCGGGCCGCGCCUCGCCGACCGGGAUGUUACAGUCUGUGAUGUUGACGCUGUGUAUAGGACUGUCCCGCCGUGCUGGCCGCCCGGGCCUUACCCCUCCCUCACGCCCACGGUGCCGCCCCCGCCCCUGCUCCACCCAAGUCGCCCGUCACUCGACAAGUUACCUCAGUAUUAUUCUUCAUGAGCGAAGUGGCGACCGGUGGCCCCAGGUAGGGUGCAGCGGGACGGGGCGGUGGUCCGAGAUGUGCAAUACGUGAAGGACGUCGCUGCGUGAGUGAUGUCAGUUGGUAAAUAGAGACACUGUCGUAAACUACCACAGUAAAGAUUGUGAUACAGGGCGGCUCAGACUCGACCCAGUGGUGGUGACCCGACUCCUGCCCCGCCUCUCCUGCCACAGGAGGACAGAUGGUGUACCCUGCCCGCCACGUCCAGCCCGGCCAGCCUGUCGAAGAGGACCCUCACAGAAAAAGAAGAAAAAAUGGUAGCAAAAACUCCCGCCUCUCACGAUACUCGGGAGUAACAAAAACAGCAGCGUAAGAGAAUGGAUUCCCCGGCAGUAGCGAGGAGCAACAACCGCAGCAACAGCAUAAGGAACGAUCUUCAUGCAACUCACUCCUGCCCACCAUAUUCCCUGGCAGGAUAGAACACCAGAGGGACGACAGGAUAGGAAGAUGCCUCCUCUUCUCCCUUCCCUUUCAGCCGGCCCCCCCCCCUCCUCACCAUCUCCCCGCGAUCCUCCCCAAGCUCACUGGUUUGGGCGAGUGAUACCUAAGUGAGGGAUAUACAAGGGUCAGACUCUUCUGCUCACCCCUCCCUGCCACCCUCCUGUGUGUUUGUGUGUGUGUGUGUGUGUGUGUGUGUGUGUGUGAAACCGUCGCCCGUCCUGUAAGCGACUGAUAGCUUAUUGGUUUAAGCUCUGCUACCGCAAGUAAGGCAGACUCUCUCUCUCUCUCUCUCUCUCUCUCUCUCUCUCUCUCUCUCUCUCUCUCUCACACACACCAACACUAUCUACCGCCUCCACUCAGCCUCACCCGUCCCACACUCCCUGGCCGCCAACAGGUGGUGUCGGCGGCGGCGGCGGCGGUGGCGGUGGAGGAGGUGGUGGUGGUGGUGGUGGUGGAAGCUGGCCGUGGGAAAGAAAGGCAGCGGUUGUGGUGGUGGUGGCGCGUUGGGGCGAAUCUCUACCGUACCACCACCGCUACCGCCCCCAUACCCUUCCCUUCCCUCAGUCCCUCCCUCCGUCCCGCGCCUGUAGAGACCCCCCACCACUAGCGCGCGCGCACACACACACACACACACACACACACACACACACACACUUACUUAUCUCUUUAAAAACACAAAUUUGUGAGAGGCACUGUGAUUUUGAGUGUGCAAGGAUGGAAGAGGAGAACGAGAAGAGAGGGCAGGAAGGCUGGCUGGCUGGCGAAUUAUGUGUAUGUGUGCACGGAGAGGGAGCGACAAGACAGUUAGUGUGUACAUGAAUGGACCAUCUGCGUACGUACUCCCUGAAGAGCUUCAGAGUGUAAAUGAACAGACAGUCUUUCCCUGUGCGCUGUAUGUGAGAACCUGUGUACGUAAUGUUUCCAGACGGGCCUGAAUGUCUCUUCCCAUGUGUACGUGAGAAUCCAUUGUGCACACAAGUCUUGGUUGUGUACGUAAGGAGUCGUGGACAUCCCCAGAGGUUGUGCCCGGCCGCUCCGCCACAGUGAUACGCCCUAAUGUGCCUUAAAACUUUAUGUUAAGUUGUUGUCUGUUGAAACGUUUUCCCGAUUUUACUUUUGUUUUUAGGGGCGCGGGAGUCGUCCCUUUUUCCUCCCCAAGUGUAUUA